AUGGCAAAAUCACAGAAGCGUCGAGGUCCACUACGCGAUCCCAAAAGCACGGUCAAAAUAGCAUGCGCUUACAAGCACUGUCGCUGCUCUCGUGAUGUGAAGAACGUGAGCGCAAGCCUCCGCCUGACGAAGACAGAAGCGAAAGCCUCUCAGUGCCGGGCUGUCCGGUCGCACUGCGCGGAACUCCGGUUCUGUUGCGAGGCGCACCUUCGUAUUUGCAAAGCUGAGGCUAAGUCGACGCAGCAAGGGCCGCGCGAGGUAUUGGACGAGUCACAACUACCUCACUUCUUUCAGGCUUGCCUACGUGCAGGCUACCCCUGGCUGGCAGUGCUGACCCUGCUGCAGACAAUGCUGGCAGAAAGAGCAGACUGCGCUCGACAAAUUCAAGUGUCAUGGUUUCGGGACUUGGAUUAUAGCCUGGGCAAGCCUGCACAGAUCAGGAUUCAGAAAGUCAAUCGCAAAACAGUUUGCAGAACGACCCCUCUGGCGAAAGACUUCGCCCAUGCUUUGUUCGAUUGGAUGCAUCAUGAGCCUCUGAAAGGAGCUGGUCAGACGCAAUGGCCCUACCAGGGACAAGACCUAUCUCUCCGCGAGGUGUACCUCUUCCCAGGCAUGGUGACUCGAGGCCGGAACCACGGCCAGCGUGACUGGAGGCGACCAGUCUCGGAGCGAGGCUACCUGAAGGCAAUCUCUGUGGUGGCUAUGCUGCUGGAGAGGGAACGUCGACUAUCUAGCGGUGGCCAUGUUAUGGAAGGCGUGGACUUACGGAAGCUUGGCACUCACACCUUCAAAGCAAGUGGGAUUACUCUCAUGAGGGAGCUUGGGCAUGCUCCUCAAGUCGUCUCGGCCAUUGCCGCGACAUCAAUUGAGACCAUUGACCGCUACUAUGACAGACCUACGCCAAAACGGCAACGAAGGUGUGUCGAGGACUCCUUCGCCCAAGUCUUCUCCCAUCCUACUGGAACAUCGGCUGCAAGAACAGAUUCCAAGCCCGCCUUGUCAGCCUCCGUGGCAGUGGACGGAAGAGUCCUGCCACCGAAGAGGGCAAAGUUCUGCUCUGAAUGUGGGAAGAAACGCCUCUGCGAAGAACACCUUUACUGCCCUUUCUGCCGCAACACAUAUGACACUUGA